AUGCGUAUCAGCUGUCUUCAGUUCGCCCCGCAGAGCGAUACGGUAGACAGGGUCAACAAGAACAUGGCCAGGGCCGACAGACUUUUGACCAGGCGCGGGGUCAGGGGAUGCCGGUCCAUUGCUGUCGAAUCGAAGCUUGAUAUUCUCGUUCUUCCGAAAAUGGCAUUUUCAGGCUCCAACUUUAGCUCAGAGUCGGAAAUCAAGCCGUUCCUUGAGCCUGCUGCCGCUGGGAGCACAGCAGGCUGGGCCCGGACUACAGCCAUCAAGUACGGCUGUCACGUCGUAGCCGGCUACCCACAACAGAUCAACAUCGCUCGUGCCAAAUCAGACAGCCCAGCAUACUUCAGCUCCUCCAUCACGGUGGACACUGAGGGCAGGUCUCUGAUCAAUAACACAGGCAGGGCCGAGGAUGAACAAAGACCAAAAUUCUCGGAUUGUCUUGUUAAGAGACGCGGCAAGGUUCUCGGCGUGAUAUCGAUCGGACAGUACACGGAUCUGGCAGACAUGAAUCAAGGUGAAACUGAGUUUUCGAACCCGCAGGAAACAGAGGCAUUUACUCGACAUCUUCUGGAACGGCACAUUGAUGUCGGAAUCAUCUCCAUGGCAUGGAAGACAAUAGAAAAGCCACGGAAAUUGACCAGAGCUCCCGGAAAGCCCGACAUGGACGCUCUGACUUGCUGGGUGGCUCGUUUGAUGCCCUUGACCGAAGCAGAGCCCGGGAGGGAAAUACUCGUUGCCCUUUGCAAUCGGAGUGGCUUUGAGAACGACGUCAUGUAUUCAGGCACAAGUACCGUGCUCCGCUUCAAGGACGGAGACGUGCAUGCAUAUGAAAUUUUGGGAGGCUACGAAGACGGCCUGCUGGUGGUUGACACACCAAAAGAUCCCAAUGACCCUGAUGACGGAGAUUUCAAACUGUGGCCCCGACCGGAGGAAAAUACGUCAGAGAGGGAACAGGUGGACGAGUUCUCAGAUGGUGCGGGUUGGCCUCAAAGGGAAGCGCGCUCACAGGAAACACCAUGCGGAGGAUGCAACUUUGCUCAGGACCAUUUGGCAAAAUGCACACCUCAUGACAAAGGUUCUUUAUGCAAGGACGACGCCUCGCUGGAAGGACGAGAUUAUCCUCUGAACGUGCCUCCGCAGCCAGCAGCAGCAACCAAGAAGCCGCCACGGCCGAAACUGCUCGUCCCCAAAUCGCCCUCCGAGCCUCCCCAAGAAAUACCGGCGGGUAAAUGCAGAGCCCGCCUUGCUGCGGUACAGAACCCCAGUGCCUCCACUAGUGGAGUUCGUUCCCCGACAGCUAGCACACCGUAUCCGCACGGCAAUCACACAGCCGUGACCCCAGCCACGCCCAUGACGGCCUUUGAGGACCCGACGACGGCAAUCUCGCCGUCCUCCCAGUGCUGGAACGGGCAGUGGAUGUCAUCCACACCCGACAGCGGCAGUCUGUAUUCCGCGGGACAGCCCUCCUCAGUCGGUACGACAGUGUCUAACUCUCACAAUUUGUCCCGGAGAGAACCUGGAGAGCCUGAGAGACCGAAAUCUCCCAAAUCGCGCAACGCUAGACUUCCAACUUCUUUGAAGCUCAGUGGUAGCAGAGCAGACUGUGAAACAAUCCAAAUCCUGGCGAGUCCUAGCAUGUUCGCGGCGGAUUCGCAGACAGGAAGCAGAUUAUCGAAGCACAGAGGCCGCAAGCGGGAGCAGAGACACGAGUCAAAGGAGAACAGCCGGAGUUCUUCUGGAGACUCGACUAAGAAUGCACUACUUCACCGCAAUGUACAGCGCAGUGACGAUGGCCAUGAGCGACGGUGGAAUCGACAAGCGGCCAGGGACCCAAAGUAUUCUCUCGAAGCGCGAGCUUGCCGAAUUUUCGAAGGGGACAGAGCCAGGAGGCGGAAGCCAUAA